UCCCUCCUCAGAGUCUGCCUCCCUACCAAUCCCUGCAUGACUGCAGCACAGGGCUUUCUUAUACCCACAGCAGCAGAGGCAUGGUGGCUUUAAGUGCCCUGCUCUUUGAGCUGCAUGGGAAAUGUGUGCUUUUCCGAAACAGAGUUGGGCUGGCCCUGCUCCCAGCACAGCUACACUUGGAAAAGAAGGUUCCUGCUUCAUCUAUCAGAUGCCUCAUUGCCUUCUUCGCUAGAUAAAAUGAGAAAGCAGCCAGGCAGUGGCAGAAUCACCCUGUCAAACUCUCUUUUCCCAAAUCAGAGAAAUUACUUGCCUUUUAAAGUCUCUGCAAACUUCCUCUGUUUCCCCCAAAUCUCUUGUGACAUCUUGUCAGUCCACUAGCUGCCCAGGCCUUCUGGAUGUCUCACAGAGAUGGAGUGCUGCUCUCCAAGCUUGCCCAGCACACAGCUGUGGUAACAGCAGGGGCCAACUGCCACACAAAUCUGUGUGUGCAAGAGAGCCUGGAAAGGAUUCCAGUAUGCAUUAGUGCAGGCACACCUGUGCUGGCUUUGUGCAAAGGGACAGUGUCCAUUCCUCAGCACCUACCACUGUGCAAGUGCAGUUCUGGCACCUCCAGACUAGAGCUGAUGGACGUGUGUGCAGCUGGAUUACUCCAGGUGUCUGUGACUAGUACACACCUCGGGGUCCCUGCUGUGAAGGGCACAGGCUUCUGGUCUGUAGCAUGGAUCUCACGGUCCACAAGCACCACGUUACCUGACUCUCUCUCUCUCUAAAGAUCUACACAGUCAUGGGAAAGAAACGUUUAUAGUACCUGAGUCGUGCUAGAGCAGAUGCGGGCGGGUGCUGUAUUUGCUGCUCAGGCAUGGUGCAGGAGGUUGCCCACCCUGCCCCAGGCACUAGCCCCGCAGAUCCACCCCUCCUUGACCAACCUGGCUGCCACUAGCACAAUGAGCACCUCUUGCAGCAUCUGGGCUGCGCUUGCCACUGGCGCUGAAAGGGUUACAGAGCCGAACACGCUCGAAGGAGAAGUUGCUGGACAUCCUCUUGUUUGUGCUUAGUAAUCAAGAAGCAUCAGGUGACUUCCUUCUGGUCCCCCGGGGGCAGCAGGCGAGGAGAGGGAGCCUGCCACGCUGGGAAGAGAAGUGCAGCUGUGUUGCAAGCAGUUGUGCUCGCACUGAGGUCAGCGGUUUGGCUGCUCACGUGGCCGGGCAGUAUAAAGCUGGAUGCGGGAACGGAGCUCCCCAGCUCACAGCUUCACUGUCCUGGGAGGAGCAGGGAAGGAGGAAAGCACCGGCAAGAACAACAACAGGGAAGUGGAGGCGCGAAACGACCUGGAUAAAUAUGGAAACCUCUCAGCCGCGCAGCUCCGAAAGCACGUCCAAGGACUUGUCGGAGCUGCUGAAGGAAGCCACCCAGGAGGUGCACGAGCAGGCGGAGAACACGCCGUUCAUGAAGAAUUUCCAGAGGGGGCAGGUGUCGCUCCACGAGUUCAAGCUGGUUACAGCAUCCCUGUACUUCAUCUACUCUGCUCUGGAGGAGGAGAUUGAACGUAACAAGGACAACCCAGUUUAUGCCCCUGUGUAUUUUCCGGCGGAGCUGCACCGGAAAGCUGCCCUGGAGAAAGACUUGGAGUACUUCUAUGGCAGCAACUGGAGGCAAGAGAUCCCAUGCCCUGAGGCUACUCAGAAGUACGUGGAGAGGCUCCACUAUGUCGGCAAGAACCACCCAGAGCUCCUGGUGGCCCAUGCCUACACUCGGUACUUGGGAGACCUGUCUGGGGGGCAGGUGCUGAAGAAAAUUGCGCAGAAGGCGCUGGGGCUGCCCAGCACUGGGGAAGGGCUGGCUUUCUUCACCUUCGACGGCGUCUCCAACGCCACCAAGUUCAAGCAGCUCUAUCGCUCCCGCAUGAACGCUCUCGAGAUGGAUCUUGCCACUAAGAAAAGAGUCUUGGAGGAGGCCAAGAAAGCAUUCCUGCUAAACAUACGGGUGUUUGAGGCAUUACAAGAACUGGUGUCUAAGAGCCAGGAGAAUGGUCACCCUGUGCAGCCAAAGGCAGAGCUUCGCACAAGGAGCGUUAACAAAUCACACGAACACGGUCCUGUGCCAAGGAAAGAAAGUGAGGAGACAAACAGGAGACAAACAGGCAUGAUGCCCACCACUCCCCUGGUGCGAUGGAUUCUGGCACUCAGCUUCCUAGCCAUGACAGUUGCCGUGGGCUUAUUUGCCAUGUGAAGGAGCAGGACCUUCAUGUUCUCUUCAUACCUUCUCUUAUCCUGAACUAAUUCACCUUCCCCAGUCCUUGUGAGAGCAAUUCCCUCUGACUGGGUACUGUGAUCUUGGCUCUGCCACUAAUACUAGGAGACUUUUCUCCCCAGAAAUCAGUGCUGUAAGGGGCGUCAGGCGAAGUCUCUCCCAUGCUUGGUGUGAGCUCCUCUCAGAGACUAACUUUUAGCACCAAAACAACUAAGGGCUAAAAACAAUGGUCAAGAAAUGUUGCUGCUUUACAGAGUACCUGCAAAAAUCCUACAGGAUCAGAAGUGCAGCUUUGACAUCUGUCUCACCUCAGAAAUACAAAGUUCCCUGGAGCUCUGUGUUUUUUAUACUGCUAGAUAAUACUGUGAUCACUUUUUCUGUGGAGCCACACAGCUUCUGUGAGUUAUAGACUGUUUUAUAUGACACUAGUAGGUCUUUGUUAAUUCUUUCUCUCAUAUAUAUGCUUUUUUUUAAAAGCAGAUGACAGUUGUUGAAGCUACACUGUCACACUCUUUGUCUGGUUAUAUAAUUUAUACACAUAAUAAACUUCAAUGUAAAGUC